AUGGAUAAGAAAGAGCAUAUUGCAAUUUUUACUACUGCUAGCCUUCCGUGGUUGACAGGAACAGCUGUGAACCCGCUGUUUCGUGCUGCAUAUCUCUCCAAAAGUGGGGAAAGAGAUGUCACCUUGGUGAUCCCUUGGUUAUCUUUGAAAGAUCAAGAACUAGUAUAUCCCAACAAUAUUACAUUUGCUUCACCUGCAGAACAUGAGAAGUAUAUCCGCCAAUGGCUCGAGAAGAGAGUUGGAUUCAGUUGUGGUUUCAGUAUACUGUUUUAUCCAGGAAAGUUUUCAAGAGAUAAAAGAAGCAUCCUUGCUGUUGGAGAUAUUUCAGAAAUAAUCCCUGAUGAAGAUGCGGAUAUUGCAGUGCUAGAGGAGCCUGAACACUUAACAUGGUAUCACCAUGGGAAAAGAUGGAAGACUAAAUUCAAGCUAGUUAUAGGAAUAAUUCACACGAAUUAUUUGGAAUAUGUGAAGAGAGAAAAGAAUGGAACCAUGCAAGCGUUUUUGCUGAGAUAUUUAAACAACUGGGUUGUUGGUAUAUAUUGUCACAAGGCAAGUUAUUAUAUCCUCUUGGAAAAUAGUACAUAUGUAUCCAGUGUUUACCUUGUCAUUCUGGCUUUUACUGCUUCAAUAAAUGAAGCUUGGAAAUUGAAUUUGUCAUAG